AUUGAAUAAAAAUGUCUUGCUGUGGAGGUGGAGAAGAAGACGUUUAUAGCGGCGGUCCGCCGUCCAAUCAGAACACAGCUCCUCCUAGAGCUGGCAAUCCAUAUGGUGGUGGUACUGGUGGUGCAAGUGAUAGAGGAGAGCCAAGGAGUGCUGCAAGAGGUGGAACUCCUCAGAAAGUAUUACCAAUUGAAGCACCAGUUUUCACCUUGGAUGAACUAAACAGAUUGACAGGAAAUUUUGGUCAGAAAGCUUUGGUUGGAGAGGGAUCUUAUGGCCGCGUUUUUUGCGCUAAAUUAAGCAAUGGACAGCAAGUAGCAAUCAAGAAGUUGGAUACUAGUGCUUCACCAGAACCAGAUUCUGAUUUUGCAGCUCAGUUAUCAAUGGUUUCAAGGCUUAAAAAUGAGCAUUUCAUGACUCUGAUUGGCUAUUGUCUCGAAGGGAACAAUCGUAUAUUGGUAUAUGAGUUCGCGACAAUGGGAUCUUUACAUGAUGUUUUACAUGGUAGAAAAGGUGUACAAGGUGCUGAGCCAGGUCCAGUUCUUACCUGGAAUCAAAGAGUUAAAAUUGCUUAUGGUGCAGCAAAAGGCCUCGAGUAUCUACACGAAAAGAUUCAGCCACCUGUAGUUCAUCGCGAUGUUAGAUCAAGCAAUGCAUUGCUGUUUGAUGAUUUUACAGCCAAAGUUGCUGAUUUCAACAUCUCGAACCAGUCUUCUGACACUGCUGCGCGUCUACAUUCCACUAGAGUUUUGGGGACUUUUGGCUACCAUGCACCAGAGUAUGCAAUGACAGGACAGAUUACUCAGAAAAGUGACGUUUAUAGUUUUGGCGUUGUGCUCUUAGAACUGUUGACAGGAAGGAAGCCAGUAGAUCAUACAAUGCCUAAAGGGCAACAGAGUCUUGUCACUUGGGCAACUCCAAGAUUGAGUGAAGACAAAGUGAAGCAAUGUGUUGAUCCUAAGCUAAAUAAUGACUAUCCUCCGAAAGCAAUUGCUAAGUUGGCAGCUGUUGCAGCACUUUGUGUUCAAUACGAGGCCGAUUUUCGACCUAAUAUGACAAUUGUUGUCAAAGCACUGCAACCACUUCUCAACUCAAAACCAGCAGGACCAGAGUCUCAAGCAUAGUAAAUUUCUGGUUUUGAGACCAGCAGGAGCUGAUAGCGUUGAUGAUACGGCAAAAACUUACUCACACUCGAUGUAUACAUAAGAAAAUAUU